UGUAAAAAAUAUAAAAAAAUAAACAAGACAAUAUUUUACUCGAAUUUUUUUUUUUUGUAUUUCUUUGGUGUUAAAGUGCAGUGCUUCACAUAAUAUUCGAGGGGCAGCUGAAAAUGCUAUUCACAGCCAACGUCAAUUGAACCGUAGCCGAAUAUCCUGGGAGAGCGAGUACUACAGCGCCACACACGAACAAAAGGAAGCAACAACAGCGCGCAGUUCACAAAAAUAAAAUAAAAAAUAAAUAAAAUAAAAGAAAGAUAAAAGCAUCUUUUGGCCACAUUGAAUGAAUGCAGCAACAACAACAACAACAACAACGAGUACAGUGAACAGCUCUGCUCUGCGCAAGUGAUAUAAGUUGGAUAUAGCACUCGAUAUGAUGGCCCAUAGCAUAUGGCUAAAAGCGCUGAUCGAGCUCUGCUAAUUGAACUAGUGGCAAGGUCAGCAACGGCAGCAAGCGCAUAUCUAAAGAGCUGUUGCCAUGGCAUCCAGCAUGGAUAACAAUACCGUCUAUUCCUACGAUAUAUCCGCCACGGACGUGCUCUAUCAGUGGAGCGCUUCGGCCAGCGGAGCACGUGCCGUCGCCCAGGACACAUCUGCAGCAGCAGCAGCCGCAGCAGCAGCAGCGGCAGCAACCGAACGUGUUGGUUCGGGCAGCCUGAAUGAGACGCACUUUCUGCUGGUGGACUAUGCGACCAGCAUGAACGACAGUCUGGACUAUGCCUCCUAUCAGCAGCAUCUGGCGAGCACCGAGUGCCGCCAAAUGGACAGUAAUAUAACCUACUGGAAUCUUACCUGCGAUUCGCCAUUGGAUUAUGCCCUGCCGCUCUAUGGCUACUGCAUGCCCUUCCUGCUCUUCUUGACCAUCAUAUCCAAUUCGCUGAUUGUGCUCGUUCUCAGCAAGAAGAGCAUGGCCACGCCCACCAACUUUGUGCUAAUGGGCAUGGCCAUUUGCGAUCUGCUGACGGUGGCAUUCCCCGCUCCUGGCCUCUGGUAUAUGUACACAUUUGGCAAUCAUUACAAGCCCAUGCAUCCGGCCUCCAUGUGUCUGGUCUACAGCAUUUUCAAUGAGAUCAUGCCCGCCAUGUGUCACACCAUCUCCGUCUGGCUGACUCUGGCCCUGGCCGUGCAAAGGUACAUCUACGUGUGCCAUGCACCGAUGGCACGCACCUGGUGCACGAUGCCGCGCGUGAAGCGGUGCACCUUCUACAUUGCGUUGCUGGCAUUUCUGCACCAGCUGCCGCGCUUCUUCGACCGCACCUAUAUACCCGUUCAGAUCGAGUGGAACGGCAACGAGACAGAGGUGUGCCACCUGGAGACGUCGCUCUGGGUGCACGAUUACAUCGGCGUCGAUCUGUACUACACCAGCUACUAUCUGUUCCGGGUGUUAUUCGUGAAUCUGCUGCCGUGCAUCAUUUUGGUGACCCUGAACAUUUUGUUGUUUGCGGCGCUGCGGCAGGCGCAGGAGCGGCGCAAGCUGCUCUUCCGCGAGAACCGGAAGAAGGAGUGCAAAAAGCUGAGAGACUCCAACUGCACCACCCUCAUGCUGAUUGUGGUUGUGUCUGUCUUUCUGAUUGCCGAAAUACCCAUUGCCGUCGUCACCUCCAUGCACAUCGUCAGCUCGCUGAUCAUCGAGUUCCUCGACUAUGGCAUCGCCAACGUCUUCAUUCUGCUGACCAACUUCUUUCUGGUGCUCAGCUAUCCGAUCAACUUUGGCAUCUACUGCGGCAUGUCGCGCCAGUUUCGCGAGACCUUCAAGGAGAUCUUCAUGGGUCGCAUGGCCGGCAAGAAGGACAGCUCGUCGAAGUACUCGAUCGUGAAUGGCCCACGCACCUGCACCAACACCAACGAGACUGUCCUCUAGUAAUUGGUGAUGUUGGUGCCGCGGCGUGGCAGCACCGAUCAGCAUCGCAGCGCAGCGGUCUGUACGUGCAACGCCGCCGCUGCCUCUGCCGCAGUCGCAGCCGCAGCCGCUGCCGAUGGCUCCGGCCUAAACGCGUCGGAGGCAAUCAGCAAAGCGCCGCAGCAUCAGCAUCAGCAUCUACAUCAUCAACAUCAUCAUCAUCAUUUUCAGCAGCGUCGCACGAGCAACAUGGAAAUCAUAGCCGAGGAGCGAAUUGUCUAAGAAAAAUGGGAUUUAUGAAAUUAUAGAGAGGGGGAGAGAGAGAGAAAAAUAAAUAAACAAAAAGUGCGAAUACUCUGGUUUCAAACCAACUCUAAUUACAAAUAAAAGCGAUAAAGUUCCAUUUGGUUAGUUUGGUACUAGUUGAGCCAACCGAACAGCAGCGAGAUAUCUGUCUAUGGAAAAUGGAAUGGACUCUACUGAUGGGAUAACCAGCUAAACUAAAUACCAAUACUAAUACCAUAAACAACUUUGAUCACAGUUUAAUACAAAAACAAAAUUUCUACUAUUCAAGUGCAACAAGUACAGAUCU